AUCUUCUUCCUUUUUUCCUAUUUUCCCCGCCUGGGAUUGCCUUGCAAUCGGGGAAAGGCCGAGGAAAGCAGCCAAGCGGAGGUGGGCAGAAGGAAGACCUUCUCCUUUCCCCCCCUUCUCGCCCAGAUCCUGCCAAAUAUAAAUAAAUAAAGCGGAGCAGGCAAGGAAGUGCAAAAAAACAGCCCUUUGCUUUCGGAAGUCAAUCGCCGGGGCUGGGGGACGCCUGCGCAGUGGAGAGACCCUGCCAGCCAGUAUUUUUCUUCCCCCUUUUUUGAUUUUUUUCCUCUCUCUCUCUCUCUCUCCAAGUGGCUUCCCCACCUCCACCUCUUCCUCCUCCCUUGGCACCCCUUCUUCCUCCCCAAAAAGGGAGCUGAAAAAGAAGAGGCAGCGGAGGAAAAAAAGGGGGAUUGGAAAGGGAAAAAGGGACGGAUGUGCGGCAGGGAUCUCGGAUGCACCAAACGUGCCAUCCCAUAAGCCUCAGUGGCCCUAGGAAGGGCCAGUGUCAACAGUCCCUGUGGCCAGCCCUUGGCCAGACCACACAGCCACAGUGGGCCACAACGGCAGAAGAGAACUGCCCAUGCCGACUGUUUAUGAAGUGGGGAAACAGGUGAACUUCUGAUCUUGGCUUACAUUAAGUACCCAGAGCCAGAGUAUCCAGAGAGACCCCUUCCAAUGUCCCAGCAUGAGACCUCUCCGACAGCACUGCGACGAGCCAGCAAUCAUCGACGGGCCAACCCCUGCUGCCUUUGCUGGUGCUGCUGCUGCAGUUGCUCAUGGAAUGAAGAUCGGGAGCGAGCAUGGAGGGCAUCGCGAGACACCAAACUGGAGACCAUACCAAACUGUGAAUCCUGUGCCAAGCCAACCUCUGAGGAAAUCAAGUGCUGGUCGCAGUCAUUCGACAAGUUGAUGAAAAACCCAGCUGGCAGGAACGUGUUCCGGGAAUUCUUACGGACUGAGUACAGCGAGGAGAAUAUGCUUUUUUGGCUGGCCUGCGAGGAACUCAAAAGCGAGUGCAACAAGCACGCCAUUGACGAAAAGGCACGGAUGAUCUAUGAGGAUUACAUCUCCAUUCUUUCACCCAAGGAGGUCAGCUUGGACUCGCGUGUGCGCGAAGGCAUUAACCGCAAGAUGCAGGAGCCAUCCUCGCACACCUUUGAUGAUGCACAGCUACAGAUCUACACCCUAAUGCAUAGAGACUCCUACCCCCGUUUUCUGAACUCUACCAUAUAUAAAACAUUGAUCCAGAGCGUCUCCCGAUCAUCCUCAGAGUCCUAAGCAUCAUAUCCCACAAACAACUGCCUGGUGGUGCAGAAUACAAAGCGAUGGUUCCUCUUUCAAACAUCAGGUGUUAAAUUUUAUGGAGGAAAAUUGGCUCACCCCACUUGGUCAUGCAAAAUGAAGAGACCUAAAAUGGUACCCCUGGUACAGAAGAACCCCUAAUCCUCCUCAGCUGUGAACUACAGCCUGGUUUGCCCAAUUACUGGAAAGAUUACUCCCAUUUAGCCCAUCUGGUCUUCUUCCAACAACAACAAAAAACUGAACUGUGACUUCAGCUGUCAUGCAAACCUCAAACUCAGGCCUCUGCUUUUACUACUGAAUCCAUGUUGGCAAGAACUGGAGUACAGGAAGGAGCAGCCAACCCGUGAGGGUGGGGGGUGAGCUGGGGAAACCUUGGGCAUCAAUGAGUGAAAAAAAGGCCAAAGUCCACAUUUUCUGAAUGUUGUUCUCUCUUUGAUCUGUCUCUUUUUCUUUUCUGUUUAAACAAAAAGAGUUAUUUC